GCCCAGCAGUGGAAAAUGGCGGGGAAGGUAGAGCCUUUGGCGAUGGAGCCGCCGGAAGUUGUGGAGGAGAGCGAGGAGGCCGAAGGGCAGACCAAGCCUUUGAAGGUGCCUGAAGACUUGCUGGCAAUGGUGAAAAAGCUGCACAAAGAGGGAAGCCUGGAGCCACAGACUGAAGACCUGAUUAACCGGAUUAAUGAGCUUCAGCAAGCCAAGAAGAAAUCCAGUGAGGAAGUGGGAGAAGCCCAAGCCCUCUGGGACAGCCUGCAUAGGGAACUGGACUCUUUGAAUGGAGAGAAGGCUCACCUAGAGGAGGUCUUGAGCAAAAAGCAAGAGGCGCUGGGGAUCCUCCAGCUGCACUGCCAGAGGAAAGAGAGUGGAGCUCAGAGGAAGAACAUGUUGCAGGAGUGCACGGAGCAAAUUUCUGUCCAUAACUCUCAGGUUCCAGAGAGUUGCAGACAGAGGAAGCUGGGGUUUCAGGUUGAAGAACAGCUGGAGAAUUUGAUGAGCCAGCACAAGGACCUCUGGGAGCUGCACAUGUUGAAGCAGCGACUGGCCUGGGAGAUACAUACCCUGCAGAGCAGCAAGGAGCAGCUGCUCACUGAAGAGAAACAGGCCAGGGCCAAGCUGCGCGAGGUGGAGCAGAGGCUGCGCUCGUCGCCCGAGGUCUGGGGCGCCCGGAUCCUGAACGACGGGCUGCAGACGGAGGUGGAGACACUCGGGGGGCAGGAUAUUGCCCAAACCCAUUGCACCCCAAAGGACGAGGACUGCAAAGGAGAGGCCGGCCCCGAGCGCCCCGGCGCCCACAGCGAGGACCUGGAGUCGCCCCCAGACCAAUAGGACCCGCCCCGACCCCCCCCGACCCCGGCCUUUGAUGCCCACCCAGAAAUAAAGGCGAGGAUUUCGUUCA